GCAUUUGUGAUCUCCACUCGAGGAGCCUCUUGCACCAAGAGUUUUCGUCACGGGCCACAUGUCCUGAGUGACACAUGAGUUAUUAUUGUAAUGCUAAUUAUUUGACAGUAUGCUCGACGACCUGAACACGGACCUGGAGAACACCGAAUCCAAGCUGGACUCAACAAUAAAGAAGGUCGCCAAAGUGCUUCAUAUGAACAAUGAUCGGCGCCAAUGGCUCGCGAUCGGUAUCCUAGUCGGCCUUUUAGUGAUAAUCCUAAUACUAUUCGUCAUAAUCUGAACUCUACUCAGUUGUAUUUAAGGCCAGUUUAGUUUAAGUGUAUCUAUGUAAAGGAUAUAUUUAUUCUUGUAUAAAGUAGAGGUAGAGCGGUCCCAUUGAUUAGAUAUACACGAGUACAGUAAAUAUGGGGAAUAUUCGAGGACCGAAGCUACCUGUGCUGAUGGUGGUAGAACAA